AUGGACCCUGGUUCCUGUCCUGUGAGUGUCCAAUACCAGCCGGAUCCCAGCUCCUCCCAGCUCAGCAGCCUGAGCUCAGCAGACAGACUUGAGGCUUCUGCACCAGAUACCAGGCACCUGUGGUUGGAGUUCCACCACCCCGUGGAGAGCCUGGCCCUGACUGUGGAGGAGGUGGUGGGUGUGCGUCGAGUGCUGGUGAAGGCCAAGAUGGAGAAGUUCACCCAGGACCAGGAGCUCUUCAGCAGCCUGAAGAGGGGGAAGAUCUGCUGCUACUGCCGAGCCAAGUUCCCACUCUUCUCCUGGCCACCCACCUGUCUCUUCUGCAAGAGAGCCGUCUUCACUUCCUGUAGCACGAAGAUGAAGAUGCCUUCUAAGAAGUGUGCACACAUCCCUGUCCACACACUGGGUUUUGAGAGUCCUCAGAGGGCACCCGCUGCCAAAACCGCGAGGGCGCCAAGGCGAGACGUCUUCCAGUGUGUUCCCUGGCCUGGGUGCUGGUGUCUGUGGUGGUCAGGCUUCUGCAGGGACUUGGGAGCAGGAGCAGGGGUUGGCCUCACCUUUGUGAGGAUGCCCCCUGGAGGUGUAGUUCAGAUGGCUUUGGAGGGGUGGGGAGGCAGAGUGGUGAGAUGGAAACUGAGCUGGGGUGCUCGAACUGGUUGUCGACUUGGACACCCUCCUUCCCUGAGCCCCCGGGGCGCAGGCCCCCAGACCCCGUUUUGGUCCUUCUGCGUCAUCAUCAUCACGGAGGACAAACUGCAGGGUGGGCACCGGCCUGAGGGGCUCCUGGCCGCGCUGUUCCCCCCUCAGCCUCUGGAGGGCGGGGGCGACAUAGGACCCAACGACCUGACGUCUAGAGAGAAAGAGAAGGAAGAGCAGAAAUGA